AGGAGUUUUGAAAGCAGUAAUGAAAACUGAAAGUGAUGCACAAAAGCUCCGCACCAGAUUACUUCAAAGGAGAGAAAAACUUUUGGAUGUUAAUUAUGAAUCUGAAGUAAAGAAAGGUUGUGAUGAAGAACACUGCAAUUUGUCAAAAUCAAUUGCUGACUUGCAAGCGCUGUUAAAAAAAUUGAUACAAGUUGUAAAUGAUCUGCGAAACUCAUACCUGCACUUAUCGAGGUCCAAAAUAGAUUCAGAAACAACAGUUCACGAAAAUGCCAGGCGAAAAAGAAGGAAGAAAGAAAAUAAUAGGAAAUUAAUACAAAAAAGCAGUCUGAGGACAGACAGAAACUUAUUGGAGUGGAAAGUGCGACUAAACUGCUAUCUGAUGUUUUCAAAGGCAACCAAAUUCCAACAAGAAUUUGUUAUGAAAGUGAAUUAA